AUGAAACGAUAUUUUCGACCCUCCGAUACCGAAGGAGAGAAUUCAGCUAUCAAUUUGGACGAUGAAGAUCUUCGUAUAUUCUUGCAUUAUGAUUCCGAAAACGAAACUUUGAAGGAAGAAGAACCUCUCCCUGUGGAAGAUCAUCAACACAAUUUGCUGAUGAAUCGAAACAACACCACAAAGAAGAGAAAACCGAACCAUAUUUUUGAAUGUGUCGAUAUAUUUUCUCAAUUAACCAAUGAUAUCUUUGCACACGAAAUUUUUCAAUAUUUAUCAUUGAAGUUUGUUCUAUCGUCGUUGAGACUUGUGUCAAAACACGCCAAUCAAGUCGUCUUGUCCUAUGUGCUGACAUUCGAAUUCCCACUAUUCUUUUAUCCGGAUCUUUCGGCAGAAAAGGAUCACGAGUUAGUUCAUGGAGCAAAUAUUUACUUAUCGGACAUUCCAUCAAAUUCUACAAAAGAUUACUUGUCAUUGUUUGAAAAUGCAAGACGUCUUUUUUGUAAUCAAGGACAUGGAAUUUUAUAUCAUUUGAGAGAUGUGAACUUCUCUAGAUUGGAAGCAUUAUAUUUCUAUGAUUGUUCUUUAGAUUUUACAAGUGUGAAAUAUAUACUCAAAGGAAGCCUUUUGUAUGUCAAGUUUAUUUGUUUCCUUGUUAAUCGAUUGGGAGAUGAUGGAGCUCGAGCAGUUGUAGAAAAAUUAGGCCACCAAUUAAUUGGACUAGCAAUCACUAAUGAUUGUCUCACAGAUCGCGCAGCAGAGUUUAUGAUUUCUACAGCUUUACCUUCUUUAACUUAUUUAAAUUUAAGCAACAACUCCAUCUCUGAGACAGGAUUCCAACAAGUGCUAGACAUUUCUUCCCUCAAAAUCCUCUCUAUUGCUUUUAAUGAUAUGAAUGGAGAUGAAAUUUCGAAAGGACGUUGCAAGUUAAAAUUUUUAAAUGUUGCUGGAAAUACUUUCGAUUAUGAAUCGUUGGAAGAUUUUUCAAAAAUAAUUUAUUUAUCUACAGAUCAGAACUUUGUAUAUGGCUUGAAUAACCAUGAAUAUAAUGGUAUUAUUGAUAAUUGUAUACCUGAUCUAUUUCCAAUGCAACUCAGAGAAUUGAAAUAUGAUAAGCAAGCCAAAGGAACAGUUUAUUAUACACAAUUUAUGAGAUGCAUCAAGUUAAAUAGAAUUCUUGAAGCUAACUUCUUUAAAAAACAAUCAAUCAUUAAUUUGAAAGCAUCUCAAACUCCUAAAACACAAUAUUUAAUUGGAAAGAUGCAUGUGCUGACAAAAGACUACCAAAAAGCUCUCGCAGUCCUCAAAAAUUGCUUGUAUAGAGAUGCUUAUUAUGAAAUUGCAGAACUGUAUUUUCAUGGAAAAGGCACAGAAAAAGAUUACUCAGAGGCCUUAUCUUAUUAUUUAGAAUAUAAAAAUUACAAAAAGAAAGAUCAUAAUAGCAACAAACUUCCAACAAAUUAUCAAAUUGGAUAUUGCUACUACAAGGAGGAAGGAUUGAAGAAAGCAAAGCUCCAUUUACAAAAAUCAAAAGACAAUAGAAGAAACAAAAUACUUGGAAAAAUUUAUUAUCGUGAAAACGAGUUCCAACUCGCCUACUCCUAUCUUAAGCAAUGUGACACAGGUGCAUCUGCAUACCUUCUUUCUAAAAUGUUUCAAAAGGGAAAGGGUGUUGACGUGUCAUUAGAAAAAGCUUAUCACUAUCUUCUGAUUGCAGUGGGACGACGCUAUUCCAAGGCCUUUUAUCGAUUAGGAAAAUGGUAUGAACGAGGAAUGAGUCCAAUUCUUGAGAAGGAUAUUUAUAAGGCAAUCUAUUACUAUGAUUUAGCGAGAUUUCGAAAAUCUUUUUAUCGUUUGGGAAUGCUCUACUAUCAUGGAGAGUAUGGGAUUGAAGUUAAUUUCAACAAAGCAAAACACUAUUUGACACAAUUACCAGAAAACUGCUCCAUUUUAGAUGCAUGGAUUUGUCUUGGAAGAAUAUACCAAGCUGAAAAUGAUAUGGAAAGUGCUUACAUUCCCUACUCGAGAGCAGCUUCUCUAGGUCACAAACUAGUCAAUAGGGUUAUUGGUGAAAUCGAUUAUUACAAUGGAAAAUACAAGAGUGCUCUCUCACAUUUAACCAAAUAUUUGAAUGAAGAUGAGUUUUGUGAAAGAGUUGCUCUCAAGAUUGCUAGAAUUUAUUACCACCAUACGAAAGAUUUACAGAAGAGUCUGACCUCCUAUCAGAUCGUUGAUCAUUUACCAGAGGCACAAGCAGCGAUUGGCGUUUUUUAUUCAUCACUUGAUGAUGAAGAUCGAAAAUCAAUACCUUAUGGACAAGAAAAGAUUUUGAAUUUUCUAAAGAUGGCAGCUGAACAUGGAUAUUCUCAAGCUCAGUAUCAUCUUGCUCUGAAAUAUCUUGAAGAAAAGAAUGCUGAACAGUCACUAUUUUGGAUGAAGAAAGCAUUUGAGACAGGAAGUAUUUCUCGAUUUGAAUUGUUUACUCUAUGCAUGAAGAUGGGAAAUAUUGAGCAAGCUCUCUAUCAAUUACAACACAUUUCAAACUAUUCUCUUUCAUUCUUUCAAAAGGAAACAAUCACUUCUCAUUUAUAUAAUGCUCAACAAUAUAAUGCUCUUAUGGAUUGGGUGCACGCUUUGCCAAAUCAUGACGAACUAAUGAACAACAAGAUUUGUCUCAUGUUCAUCAAAGGACAAGGCGUACCAAAAGAUUUGAUGAAAGCGAUUGAUAUUUUACUAUUCACUUUUACAAACUAUUUAGAAUAUUCAGAACUUUGCCAAUAUUUGAAAAGUGAGUUAAAUUUUCAACAGUUGGAUAAGACUAGUAUAGAGUAUGCAUUGUUAAAGCUUAUAGAGUUACAAACAGCUAAAGUUUCCAGAGAAUACAUUCCAUUUCUCUUCAUGAAAGUGUUGUAUCAAAACAACUUUUCAGAGUAUGCAUUGAAAUUACUCGAAACGAGAAUGCAAGGCACAAGAGAACGAGCUCUAAGACACAUCAUCCAUAAUGACCCAUUAAUGGCUAUUCACGAAUUGUUGGAUCCAAUCACGCAUGGAAUUUUGAGUUAUUCUUUGGAGGAAACUCUUAAUAACUUUAGGGACUUGUGUUCCACAAACGAAAUAUUGAAACUAUUUAUGAAUAAUCAACACCAAUUUAAAGAUAGUGGUCAUCCAAUGGAUAAAAUGGCUUACGAGAUGUUUAAGAAUGUCGGAAUGGAGGAGACUGGUAUUGAUUAUUUGGACCGAAUUGCAAUGACUGGAAAUUCCUUCAAAAAGCAUGAAGUUGCAACCAUUUAUGAGUAUCAUUUGAAUAAUUUUUCAAAGGCAAUGUAUUGGUAUGAACAAUCAGGAUUGCCUCAAUCCAUGUAUAUGAUUUCUGAGAUGUAUCGAAUUGGAAAAGGCCCUGUCUGUAAAAAUGUGAAAAAAUCAGUGGAAAUUUUGGAAUGCAUUAUUAAUAAUUUAACACAACAACAGAUCGAUUAUGGUUAUACCUUGUUUUAUUUAGCGUCACAAUGUGCAAAAGAAAAUGGUGGAUUGGCGAUCAAGUUUUUGGAAAGAGCUAUCGAAAAUGGAUAUGGCCAAACAGCACGACAUGAAAAGUUAAGAAUUGCAUCUCUUUAUGAAACAUUGGACAUGUUGGAAAAAGCAGAACAAUAUUAUUCAGAUGCCAUUCCUUUUAAAAAUGCAAGUGAAAAAUUCGAAAGAUUGAAGAAACGAAAGAUGACUUCAAAUAGCCAAUCCAGUGAUGUGAAAAAAGAGGAAACUGAACGAUUUGGUGACUUGAUUCUGGAUGUAGAAGAAUAA